GCCCGAGUGCGGUUUUGUGCAUCAUAUUUGCAUUUGCAGAACUGGAUGAGUGACUGCUUCCUUUUGCAACAAGUGACAUUUGAGGCCCACUUCCUCCUUGCAAACUGGAGCGUGGGGUGGUAGUACCUCGUGUAUCUCAAAACAUUUUUUUUACACGAGUGUGAACAUUUCCUGUUUCUAUUGGCCAUGUGUCACAGUCAGCAUGUGGCGUGUCAUCGUCGUCGCUGCCAUUUCACGGACUGGGAUGACUUGAACGCAUCGUUUUGUUGGCGAUUGCAGAUGACUGGUCUCGGCAUGGACCGGUUCUUCUUAUGGGGGCUGUCUGGCUGGCUUUCUAUUUUGGUCCUUGGAGCUUUGGGAGUCCCCACUACUGUAGAAAUGCAGACGAUGUUGACUACUGCCUUUGAAGACUUUUCAGAAGUUAGUCAGGGUGUCGCAAGUCCAGGUAGAUCAUCUCAUGUUCUGACUAUCUCAGGAACUAAACCCACGGAGCGUUUGCUGUCUUCUGCAUCUUCCCCUAGCUUGGUCACAAAAAAGUAUCCUAAUCCAUUCUCAAUCCAGAACCACAGUGGUACUCCCGGUUUUGGAAUUACAAGGACAUUUCUGAAUAGUUCGGAUCCUACCUUCAUAUCUGCCUCAAGAAGUCUGAUCUCGACACCAGCACAGCCUACUGAACCCUUAAAGCCCAGCAUCCAGUCUCCUCUAGUCCCAAUUCAAAGUCAAAAGACACCUAGAGAGAUGUCUUCUACUGGUAACUUGGAUCUUUCCAGUCUGAGCUCCACACUGGACCCUUUGGCAACGCCAAGAACCAGCUCCAUCACUGGGUCAAAAAGAAAUUCAACUCCAAACUUCAUACAAAACAGUAACCCUUCUCCAGGUUUUGGGACUACUGGUACACCAGCUCCUACUGGCUCUUUGAGACUUCUAGAUCAGUCUGCUACAAGAAUUCCAAUCUCCUCACCAGAGACUUUUAAACCGUCAAGCUCAAGCUCUGCCCCAGACUCGACUCCAGUCCCGAUCCAAGACCACAACAUUCCUUCAGGUUUUGGGACAACAGGAAACACACUUUUGACUAGUAAUGCCACUCUUAUCAGUUCCAUUUCCACACCAGAAACUCCCGAACCACUAAGGACCAAAAUUCAGUCUACUCUAGUCCCAAUCCAAAGUCACGAGUCCCCCGCAAUCACGUCUUUGACUAAUAACUCCAAUCUUACCAGUCUUACCCCCAUACCAGAACCUGCCGAAACAACGAGCUCCAGCAACAUCACAGAGUCUACUUCUGUCGUUAUCCUAAGUCACAGUGGCCCUCCUGGUUUUCGGACAACCCAAAAGACAUUUUUCACCGGUAACACGGAUCUUACCAGACCGAUCUCCACACGAGAACCCCUUGACCCACCAAAUUCUAGUCCAGUCACAAGCCAAAGCAGUUCCGAAGUUUUUGAAACGACCAUAAGGACCGAUCCUGAGCUCACAUCUCAAUCUCUUUCUGCUACGAGAAACUCGAGCUCCUCCUCAGCAACUCCCACCACGGGAACCUCCUCGACCACUCGGACUGCGGCACCUUGCGCCACCGCAAAAACUCCCCCCAUCACGGAGAACCAGUCAUGCUCCCGCCAUGGCGUGGUCAAGCCCUGCCUGAUAGCCAUCGUCUGCCUAGCUGCCCUAGCCACCAUUUUCAUGGUGUCCACCAUUGUCCUCUGCGCCAAACUCUCCACCAAGAAGUACAAGGUGAGGAAGACACAGGACCUGACGGAGAUGACGUUUAUGUCAACACUCAUGCCCGAGAGGAACUACGCAGGAAUAAGACGGCACAGUCCGGUCUCCAACGGAGUCCUGGUGAUUCACAGCUCCGGGGACAGUGACGAGGACAUCAGCGACAACCUCACCCUAAGCAGCUUCCUUCCGGAAAGUGACAGGUGUGUUUAGGACGGUCUACUUUUCUUUUUUUUUUCUGGAUGGUGACUGCAGGACUGAUGCUACAUGAGAGGUGUUUCCAUGAUUAGAUCAAAUAAUUUACCGUCAUAUUUGUAUUACUUAGUGUUAACUUUUCAGGUAGCAGGGUGGAUGGGUGGUUCACAUGUCCUCUUACAGUUCUCAGGUUUGGUGCUCAACUUGUUUGCCUAAGUGACCCGAUAGUGUUUUUUGUGCUCUUUUAGUGACUGAUCUAAGAUGGCACCAAUGUCCUAGAAAAAGUAGUAGUCGGUGUCAAGGAAGUAUGUUAACAUCAUAUAUCUUUGCCAAGAGUCAAAGAUCUUUGGAGGUCAAAGGGAAACUGAAUUUUAGCCUAUGCAAGUAUUUGCAGCCUCGGGUCAAUGUUUUGAUUUACAUUUGGCGGCAAUUACAGCCUCAUAUUGUUUCUCAAUACAGUGCCUUGAAAAAGUAUUCAGACCCCAUAAAUCUUUUCACAACUUUAUGCCCACAAACUGAAAUGUUUUUAUUGACAUGUUGUGUAAUCCACACCAAUGCAAAGUACCACAUGAUUGUAAAGGCAAACAGAAAUGUGUCGGAGUUGGGGGUUUUUUCAAAAUAGUAAGCAAAUAAUCUGAAAAAUCUGAUAUGCGUUUGUAUUCUGCCCCCGUUUGUCAAUACUUUGUAGUCUAACGUUUGGCUGCAAAAAUUUUUGCGGGGGGACAUACUGUACAUCUCUCACGGCUUUGUCUUUCUGGACACAAACAUUUUCCCAAUCAUUGCGAAAAAAAGCUCAAGCUCAGACCGAUUGGAUGGAGAAAUUUAAAAACCAGUUUUCAAGUCUUGCCAUAGACCAGCCGUUUCAAACUCAAGGCAGGGGGGCCAGAUCCGGCCCACCAGGUCAUUUUAUAUGGCCCGCGAAAGCAAAUCAUGUAUGUCAACUCGCUAAAAACUGCACCGAAAUGUUAAAUUGUCACGAGCAAUAAGUAAAGUUGAGAUUCUGCAAUAAUUUUGUUACCCUGUUUACACUCACUUGAAUAAUAAUUGAACAAACUAUUAUAAUUGACUUGACUGAUUUCAAAACUAGUAAUCUAUUAAUUUGUUGUGUACAAGUCAUAAUUUUGUGGUUUCACUCCCAUAAUUCGGGAUGAUGAAUCUCCUUCUUAGUCUCAAAUUUGUUUUUUUUUUUUUUGCAGCCAGCAAAAAUAUUCAUUCAUAAUUGCUAAACUAUAUUUAGCGCCAUCCGUCUUUCCAUCAACUCUGACGAACUUCCCUGUCCUUACUGAAUAGAAGGGAAGUGAUUUUUUUUAAUUCAUUUUAUUUUUUAGCUUUUUAUAUGCAAUAAAUUUGCAAAAAAAAAUUCCUUGUCCUUAUGAUGUGUGGUGUUUAGAAUUUUGUGGGAGGGAAAUUAUUUGACGUUUUGACUUCUGAAGGUUUCUCAGCUAGAACUAACACAAUUCUGGUUAUAGUGUCAUGGACGCAUAUUUAACAUUUCCCAAUGCUAGCAUUAAGCUAGCAUACUUUUAUUAGGCCGCAAUUUGGUGGCAUUUUUCUGAUUAGUUUUACAUGAAACUCAGAAAUUGGGUCACUCCUGAGCCGAGGUGCUAAUAUAGAAGUGUUAGUUUUGUCACCAGCGAGUAUGUGCAACAUCAUGGCAACUUGUCCCGUUAGAGGAAAUGAAGCUAUCAAAAUCUAUUUUUGAAUCGUCACAAUCAAAGAGGGUUCCGUUUGUACGCGCUAUCACUCAUCACAUAUUCAAUGCUGUAUUCGCUUCCCUACCCCCC